AUGGUGUUUUUGUGGGUUGGGGGUUUCUUGGGUUGGGUUUUGGCGGAUGCUGAUCAAGUGAUUGUUGACCUCCAAAACAGUUGUUGCACAUGCUAUCAUUGGCAAUUAACUGGCCUUCCUUGUGUGCAUGGAUUUGCUUGCAUACUUGACAAGAGAACUGAUCCAGAACAGUAUGUGGACCAUUACUACACAAGGGAGAGGUAUAUAGAGGCAUAUGAUCUGUCAAUACAGCCUAUGCCAGGUCCCCGGGAAAAGAUUAACAUGAGGGAGCCACUGCCUCCACCCGUGAGAGUGAUGCCUGGCAGGCCUAAGUCCAAAAAAAGAAAGAUGGAAAGGGGUGAGGGUGCAGCAGAGGGCAGUACACAGAAAAAGCAGAAAAUAUGCCAAAAGUGUGCUUAG